AUCCCGAAUUGAGAGAGGGGCUUUAUAAAGAGCUCAAAAGUCUGUCUGAGCACCCACUCGCCGACCUAAGUGCAAUGGCAGCGCAAACAAUCAAUGUGUAUCUCAGAGAGUUAGCUGAAGAAUUGAGUGUCACAGAUAUGGGUAUGUCUAUUUGUAGUAAGUAA